AUGGGUGGCGCUGAAUUUGAUGAAGCUAUGGGGGAAAAAGGAGAUGGAUCCAAUGGUGGCAGCUCUGACAAAUCUGACAACUCCUUGGAGGCCUUGCUAGACGGGCUCAUCCGAGUCGGGGUCAAUGCCAAUGUCUCGAAAAAAUGGAGCUUUCACGUCAGGCAAGAUUGCUUCCAAGCACAUUGGAGCGCUCAGCUUUGGCGUGCGUGCCUGCUACCGGGUCUGGCAAGCGCAGCCGAUAGAACGCGGCCCAGCUUACAUUUUGUCAGAGCCUGCGCGCCCCAUCUACUUGGGCUGGGCCAUUUCAGGUUUGCUCUGGACCCCGCAGACUACAAUGAGGUAGUUCUGGCAUCAAAGUGCGGUUUCGAAAAGAAACCUCGCACUUUUGGCUGCCCUUGA